AGCCAUUCGUCCAACUUUUGAAAGAGAAAUGCUUACCAGCCUUGCUCGCACCACUGGCCGCCAGCUCGCCCGUCAGAUCGCCAGCUCCGCCGUCCGCGCUGCUCCCCGCGCCGCCGCUGCCGCUGCCCUCGCCGCACGCCCCGCUGGCCUCGCCGCUCCCCAGCAGCGUCGCGCCAUGACCACCGUGUCGACCACCCCGCUCGCUGCCGCUGCCGCCCCCGCCGCUGCCAACUCGCGCUCGGUCGGCUCUGGCCGUGUCGUGCAGGUUAUCGGUGCCGUCGUCGACGUCCAGUUCGACAACGAGCUGCCCGCCAUCCUCAACGCCCUCGAGGUCCAGCGUGAUGGUGCCCGCCUUGUUCUCGAGGUUGCCCAGCACCUCGGUGAGAACACUGUCCGCACCAUUGCCAUGGACGGUACUGAGGGUCUUACCCGUGGCCAGCUCUGCCUCGAUCUCGGCAACCCCAUCGAGAUCCCCGUCGGCCCCGAGUGCCUUGGUCGCAUCAUGAACGUCAUUGGCGAGCCCAUCGACGAGCGUGGCCCCAUCAACGCCAAGAAGAAGCUUCCCAUCCACGUCGAGGCUCCCCCGUUCGUUGAGAUGAGCACCCAGCAGCAGAUUCUCGUCACCGGCAUCAAGGUCGUCGAUCUGCUUGCCCCUUACGCCAAGGGUGGUAAGAUUGGUCUUUUCGGUGGUGCCGGUGUCGGCAAGACUGUGCUCAUUCAGGAGCUCAUCAACAACGUCGCCAAGGCGCACGGUGGCUACUCUGUCUUUGCCGGUGUCGGCGAGCGCACUCGUGAGGGUAACGAUCUGUACCACGAAAUGAUCGAGUCUGGCGUCAUCCAGCUCGGCAAGCCCGGCUCGAAGGUCGCCCUCGUGUACGGUCAGAUGAACGAGCCCCCAGGUGCCCGUGCCCGUGUCGCCCUCACUGGUCUGACCGUUGCCGAGUACUUCCGUGACGAGGAAGGCCAGGAUGUGCUGCUCUUCAUUGACAACAUUUUCCGCUUCACCCAGGCCGGUUCCGAGGUGUCUGCCCUGCUUGGUCGCAUUCCCUCUGCCGUCGGUUACCAGCCCACCCUUGCCACCGAUAUGGGUGCCAUGCAGGAGCGCAUCACCACCACCCGCAAGGGCUCCAUCACCUCCGUCCAGGCCAUCUAUGUGCCCGCCGACGAUUUGACCGAUCCCGCCCCCGCCACCACCUUCGCCCACUUGGACGCCACCACUGUGCUCUCCCGUGGCAUUGCCGAGCUCGGCAUCUACCCCGCCGUCGAUCCCCUCGAUUCGACCUCGCGUAUUCUCGACCCCCGCAUUGUCGGCCAGGAGCACUACGACGUUGCCCGUGCCGUCCAGAAGAUCCUCCAGGACUACAAGUCGCUCCAGGACAUUAUCGCCAUUCUUGGUAUGGAUGAGCUCUCCGAGGAGGACAAGCUCACUGUCGCUCGCGCCCGCAAGAUGCAACGCUUCCUCUCGCAACCCUUCUCAGUAGCAGAGGUCUUCACCGGCACCCCCGGCAAGCUCGUCCCCAUUGUCGACACCAUCAAGGGCUUCAAGAAGAUCUACUCUGGUGAGCUCGACCACCUGCCCGAGGCUGCCUUCUACAUGGUCGGCGGUAUCGAGGAGGUUGUUGCCAAGGCUGAGGCCAUGUCCAAGGCUUCCGAGGACAAGUAAAUCUCGUAUCUUUUUCCCCCCUUUCAAAAUAUCCCAAACAAACGCCAUGAACGCCUAGAAAACGGUGUUUUUUUGCCUUCCUAUCACAAGGCUGGAGAAAAAAUAAAAAUGAUCGAAACUACUUGAAUUCUCUCCUUUUUCUUCCUUUGUUAUACUUUUUUGCCUUUCGGUCGUUGCCUGUUUUGUUUGUGUUUGUUGGUCGUGUUCUGUCAUUUCUUUUGUAACUUCAUGUUCUAAUGUGAUCUUUGUUUUUGUCGCC